AUGGCGGCCAACAUACCUGCAAAGCUCAAGCAGGCGGGCAUCACCCCUUUCAUCGUGCGCGCCAAUCAGCUGGAAAGCGCAAAGCCCGUCAUCUCGUACUGGUGUCAUUAUUGGGUCGUAAACCAGAUCCUUGCCAAGCAACUUCACAACACCGACCACGAAUGUCUCAACUUCACCACGGCUUUGAUGGACAAGCUGGAGCAGACGAAAUCCCAACACGCAGGCAACGAUGCGAUACUCGAUGAUGUCGCCGGCCAAGCAUACGUUGAACAAUUCGCGCAGGAGACCUUCGAGAGGGCGCUUCGGCCCUUGAAGGCAAACAAGGUCACACAGCAAACUGCCAGCACCUUCGAAGCCGCCGCUACCUUCCUUCAACUCGUCAACAUCUGGGGUCAGCCUGAUCCCGAGACGCAGGAGAAGAUCAAGUACUCGAAAUGGAAUGCUGCCCGAAUACUAAAAGCGAUCAAGGAGGGUAAAGACCCCAACGAGUCCAACCCCAGGCAGGAGGAAGAGAAGCCAGAGCAGGCUUUGGACCUAAACGGCCCGGAGGUCCAGAUGAUUGAUUCUUCACAACCAAGGCCGGCAACGGUAGAGGAUGUGCCGGAUGAUGAGACGAGAUCGCAGACUGCACCCUCGAGAUAUUCCCUCCACGCGCCGGCACCGGUAUCCGCCCCAACUUCGCCUCUGCCGCCAACAGCACCGGUACCCGAACAGGUGUCACCUAUGGCGCCACCGGAUGCACCAACGUCAGACCCGGAAAGCUACUUCCCCAGUGCGCCGCAAUCAACCGACCAUGGUCCCUUGGAUCUGCCGUCUACAUCGAGUAUGCCGCCCCCAGGUUCCGGUGGCUACGACUCAGCGCCCUCUCCGCCUUUAGUUAUCCCGAGUCCCAGCACCCAUGAUCCAUCCAUGCCACCACCCGCCCCGCAGGUGCCGCUGAACCUCCCAUCAACACCCCAAGACUUCUAUCGAUCACAUCCGCCGCCAGCGUCAGCGCCAACACCGCCUGUAGCGCCCUCUCAGCGGCCUUACGCGCCUCCGCAAGCCCCUCCUGCGGUGCAGAACUACUAUUCCCAACCCUCACAGCCUGUCGCCCCGCAGGUGGCACCUGCCCCUGUACAGCCGGCGCAGCAAUACGGCGGAAGCGGCGGGCCCUCAAACUCGCAUACGAUUGAUGACAGGACAAUCGCAGAGGCACAAAAGCAUGCCAAAUGGGCAAUCUCGGCCCUCAACUUCGAGGAUGUGCCAACAGCUGUAAGAGAGUUGCAUGCGGCACUUGCUUCCUGCUGUUUACACGAACGAGGCCCCAUUUGCACCUAUGAUCUGUCCCGAGAUCCAACCGCUCUCGGACCCUGCCACGAAAGCAACCAAGCCCGCGAUCUCUUCGGGGGCGCCCAAGCGGUUAAAGGGGCUCUGCGAGGCGAUACCCUUGAUCAGGGCCUCCGGCUUGCCCUCCACGAACAGGUCGGUCGCCGUCGGCCCCAGCGCCACGGCGUUGACGGUGAUGCCCUUCCUGCCCAGGUCCUUGGCCAGCACGCGCGUCAACUGCUCGACGCACCCUUGGUCGAGGCGUACAGCGCAUAUGGUGGCGGCACAGCGCUAUUGCGUGUGAUGCCGGUCGAGACGAAGAUGAUGCGCCCGCCGGACGACAUGUGCGGCAGCGCCUUCUGCGCCAGGAAGAAUGGGCCCUUGACGUUGAGGUCGGGCUGCAUGGGCAUGAUCCCCCGCGUUGGGCACCAGCACGUCGAUGCGCCCGAACUUGGCCACCACCGCGUCGACGAGUGUCUGGAUCGACGAGACUUUAGACACGUCGGCCUGGACGGCCAGGGCCCGGUCGGGCCCAAUCUACGCGACGACUUCGUUGGCGGCGGCGCUGUCUCGGCUGUAGUUGAUGACGACGCUGGCGCCGGCUGCGGCGACGCGGUAGGCGACGGCGCGGCCGAUGCCCUUGGAGCCGCCGGUGAUGAGAAUGACCUUUCCCUGGAGAGAAGAAGACAUGUUCGGUAUGUCGUGUUCGUGGUUUGUGGUGACUGUUGGAACCUCAUCGGGAGCCGCAUUGAUUUGAUCGUCAUAAUCGCGACGGCCGGCCUUGGAGUUGAGCAGAAGAAGACCCCGGGUUGGAGAUUCGGCUUUGACUCGCCAGGAUUCUUCCAAAUCCGAGCUGGCCCGCCCAGAUCGGAAGAACUACACGCUUGUCGGAUUAUUCCCUCAGAUUCCACCUCGAACUGUCGUCAUCCUUCUGUCGGUUUUACGGCUUUACACACCUUACACGGCGAGUCUGACCCGCGAUCCAUCUAUCUCCGGAAUCUUGUCCACAUCGGAUUACCCAAGUAUAGACAGAAAAAUACUGGACGUAUAACAGACACAGGGUUUACUAUGUAUAAGUAUCAUCGUCAUGUCAUACGUCUCAUCACUCGCAAGACCACUUGCAACAUCACUUACAAUAUCAAGCUAUCCCUUACGUUUACCAACAACCACCAUACAAUGUCCUCAACAUCACUACCUAAGACCUACAAGGUUGCCUGUCUCGAGAAGGCCGGCGAGCCCAUCACCAUCAAGGACGUCGACUUGAAGCAGCCCGAGCCCGGCCAGGUUCUCGUCAAAGUCCUCGCCUGCGGUGUGUGCCAUUCCGACCUGUUCGUGCAGGGCGGCCACCUUGGCGACGUCUUUCCUCGCGUACCAGGCCAUGAACUCAUCGGCGACGUCGUCGCUGUUGGCAGCAGUGUCACCAGGUUCAAGGGUGGGGAGAGAGUGGGAGGGCCAUGGCACGGAGGCCACGACAAGACGUGCCGCUCUUGCGCGCGCGGUCAGUUCCAGAUGUGCGACAACGCCGCCAUCAACGGUGUAAGCAGGGACGGUGGUUACGCCGAGUACGUGCUACUGCGCGAGGAGGCCGUGGUUCGGGUUCCCAAGGACAUCGAUGCCGCCGAGGCAGCACCCCUUCUGUGCGCAGGUGUGACCGUCUUCAACUCGAUGCGCAAGAUGCACAUCGAGCAGGGCAACACGGUCGCCAUCCAAGGCGUGGGUGGGCUGGGUCACCUGGCGGUCCAGUACGCCAACAAGAUGGGCUACCACGUCGUGGCCAUCAGCUCGGGCGACUCGAAGAAGGACUUCGCCACCAAGCUCGGCGCCCACGUCUACAUCGACUCGAGCAAGGACGACCCCGUGAAGCAGCUGCGGGCUCUGGGCGGGGCGGCCAUGAUCGUGGCGACGGCGCCCAACCCCAAGGCCCUCAGCCCCCUGGUAGGAGGUCUGCAGGCGGGCGGCAAGCUCAUUGUUCUUGCUCCCAUCGGUCCGGUCGAGUUUGACACUGUCACGCUGGUCAACCGCGGCGCGUCGGUUCAUGGGUGGCCCAGUGGACACGCACUCGACUCGGAGGAGGCCAUCCGGUUCUCUCAGGACCACGGGGUCAAGUGUAUGAUCGAGAAGUUCCCUCUCGCCGACGCGGCCAAGGCGAUGGAGCACUGUGGUUCGGGAAAGGUGCGCUUCCGAGCCGUCCUGACCAUGUAA